GUAUCAGGACAUUGGGCAGUGACAAUUUGGAUAAAGUGAAGAAGAUAAACCUCCCUCUUCUAGGGUUUUAGAACCAUUUUCCCAAUCUUGCUCUCUUGGUUGGAAUCAGCGAAGCCGAUCCCAAUCGACCCAAUUAGAAGCAUAAAGGUGCUAUAUGUUAUAAAGGCACAGGAAUUUUGUCUUAGCUAUGGCAAGUGUGAUUACAUCUCCAACCUUUAGCUCGUUCUCCGCCAAAAGAAGCAGCAGAGAUUGUAGAAAGCCACGUAGUAGUCUUGGGCAGUGUCAUGGUAUAAAGGCAAUGGAGAUAGAGAAACCUCUGGAGGAACUGUACAAUGUGAGGGUGGAAAGAAAAGUACCUCCAGAACGGCUUGCGGAGCUUGGGGUUUCUCGAUGGUCAAUAUGGAAGACUGGCAAGUGCAAAUUGCCCUGGGACUGGCAAGUAGAUCAGUUGGUUUACAUUGAGGAUGGGGAGGUAAGGGUUGUGCCUGAAGGGAGUGAGCGCUUCAUGCAGUUUGUGGCUGGUGACCUUGUUCGUUACCCUAAGUGGUUCGAGGCUGACCUCUUCUUCAAUGGUUUCUACCAAGAACGUUACAGCUUCCGAGCUUUUGGUGAUGACUGGUAGCUGUCCAUUACAUAUCUUGACUUGGCUCCUCUGAUAAGAUAUUGAUCUUUCGUCUUCUUUCCUUAUUUUAAUACUAUAAACUUUUUGUACUUCAAAAAUCUAAUUGAUGAGUGACGUAUAUUAUGGAACUAAAAAGAAA